AUGGAGGUUGUGGUGGAAAACGCUUCUGGCAUCCCGGAAGGAAGCAUUUUGUCCAUUCGUGCUGGCAACGUCAGACGGCAGGGCACGCUUUCCACCGACAAGCCAGUGCAGUUCGCUCAGACAAGUCUUCUGGAUGCGUGUCCGUUCAAAGUGGACAUCUUUGCCCCGCUGGGAAGCUCCAGAUUGGUGUUGCGACCAAAAAAUGAUCGCUACACCGUUAGCUUCGGAGAUCAUGAGAAGAAGAUGAGUUUGGAUCUUUUGGUGCAAGGGCUCUCAGCGGCUGGACCCGAGAAGCCACAGCUUACAGCACCGCGUGAGGAACUUCUAUCUGAGACCGAGGCAUAUCUGGAGCGUCACGAGCUGCAACGCUUCAUCCAGAACUUGAUCACGAGUGUCUUGGCGGACAAGCCUGAUGAUCCCUAUGCUUACAUGGCACACCACUUGUCCAACGCUCGAGUAAAGGAAAUCCCGCGACCACCAUCUGUGCAGGCUGCGCAGAGCCACACGAAGCGACCAGCCAAGAAGCCUGCACGACUGGCGCCUCACAAGAAGAGCUUUGGCCAUCCUGCGUUCGUCGUGGAAGACUAUGACGGGAAUCUCCUCACCUUGCGGGAGCUGGAGGCACGGGACAUCGUAGCUCCAGGAGCAGAGUUGAGGCGAUUGAUCAUCGAUGACCUCGGAAAGGUUUUCACGUCAAAACGCCUUCCUUCUCCAUUGAAUGAGAUUGUUGGGCACUUCAUCCCAAAUGAUGCACGAGCCACCCAGGCAAUACAACUUGGCAGCAACGAUUGCUUCUACCAAAUGCCGCUGGCUGGUCCCAGGUCGACGCUGCAUUUUGAUCCCGAGGAAGUUGUGGCCACUUUGGUGACCUGUGGUGGCUUGUGCCCUGGUCUCAAUGCAGUUAUACGUGAGUUGGUGAUGAUGCUCGCGCAGUACGGUGUCCGCAAGAUUUAUGGCAUCCGUGGUGGCUACAAGGGGGUGGUCAAGCCGGAGACGUGGAUGGAGCUGACGCCAGAUAAUGUGCAGGACAUCAACAGCAUGGGAGGGACCAUCCUUGUCAGUGACCGGGGUAACCCAACGGAAGAGGAACAAGUGCAGGUUCUGAUGGACAUGGGAGUCCGUGCCCAUUUCAUCAUCGGAGGUGAUGGCACUCAUCGUGGUGCCUUCGAUUGUGCGGAGCUGGUGAAAGCCAAAGGCUGGAACUGCUCAGUCAUCGGAAUUCCGAAGACUAUCGACAAUGACAUCCCCAUGCUGGACUGCACGUUUGGUUUCGACACUGCCUGCAUGGAAGCAGAACGAGCCAUCAAAGCUGGAUACGUGGAAGCGACUUGCAAUGCCAACUGCAUUGGCCUCGUCAAGCUGAUGGGCCGGCACUCCGGCUUCAUUGCCUUGCAUGCCUGCUUGGCAGCACGGAAUGCAGACAUUGUAUUACUCCCGGAGAUGCAGAUCUGCUUGGAGAAGGUUUUGCAGCAUUGCUUGGAGUUGAUGCAGUCCAAGGGUCACUGCGUGAUCGUGGUGGCCGAAGGCUGUGGGGACACCCUGCUCAAAAGUUCUGGGGAAGUUGAUGGUGGUGGCAACAAGAAGCUUGCCGACGUGGGACCUUGGCUUCGUGACAAGCUGUUGGAACGCUUCAAGCAGGUGAAGCUGCCGCUGACAGUCAAGUACAUCGAUCCAACCUACAUGAUCCGAGCCAUCGGGCCAAAUGCAAACGACAGUGUUUACUGUUCCUCGCUGAGCCACAACGCGGUGCAUGCCGCUAUGGCGGGAUACACCGGGAUUACCGUGGGCCAGAUCAGCAGCCGACAAGUCUUGUUGCCGAUUGCUUGCGUUACGAAGAAUCCGCAGAAGCGAGUUGAUCUCAAGGGUCAAAGGUUCCAGGAGCUGGUAAGCUCCACUUUGCAGCCGAACCUGGCGCCAGAAGGUGCCGAGGAGGGGGUAGAUCAGGCGCCCUUGCCCGCGGAGAAUCCUCUGCUGCACGAUUCAGAGCCGGUCGAGCUCGUCGGCGCCAUCGGAGAAGGAUGCGAGGUUCGGCGUCUUGAGCUGGAGCAUCUGUCUCUCAAGUUUGGUGAGCAGUCGGAGCAGACAACGCUGAUUGAGCAGGUCAAGGGAGGCAAGGUCUGCUUCUUCGAUGAAGCUUCCUGGGUCACUCAGACCCUCGGUCUUCCCGGUGUUCGCCUGCAGAUGCUGAAGGCUGGGCCAAGAAAAAAGCUGUACUUCAAGCCGUCGGAGGUCGCAGCCACCAUCGUCACUUGUGGUGGCUUAUGUCCUGGCUUGAACUCCGUCAUCCGUGAGUUGGUCAUGAUGCUGUAUGCCUACGGUGUCAAGAAGGUGUACGGUAUCAAAGGCGGUUUCAAAGGUGUCGUGAACCCGCAGAGCUGGGUCACAUUGACGCCUGAGAAUGUGAAGGAUAUUCAUCUACAGGGCGGGUCAAUCCUCGUGAGCGAUCGUGGGAAUCCUCCUCACAUUGAGAUGGCGAAAGCCUUGAAGAAGCGCGGCGUGCGUCAGCACUUCGUCUUGGGCGGAGACGGUACGCAAAAAGGUGCGUACCAGACGUACGAGCAGAUGCAAUCGAUAGGUUGGGAGUGUGCCGUUGUCGGCAUUCCAAAAACGAUUGACAACGACAUCAAUUUACUGGACCGCAGCUUCGGGUUCGACACAGCCAUGACGGAAGCACAGAAGGCCAUAGAAGUCGCGUACGUCGAAGCCACGUGCAACGCGAACGCCAUUGGCCUCGUGAAGCUCAUGGGCAGGCAUUGUGGCUACUUGACAAUGAUGUCUGUCUUGGCUGCUCGUCACGUCGACAUCUGCCUACUCCCGGAGAUGGACAUAAACCUCGAAAAGGUCCUCGAUCAUUGCGUAGAACUUGUCAGCACAAGUGGGUAUGCCGUGGUCGUGGUCGCGGAAGGCUGUGGAGACACGCUGCUUCACAGCUCAGGAGCAAUGGACGAAGGCGGAAACAAGAAGAUCAACGAUGUCGGGCCAUGGCUGAAGGACGCCAUCACGUCGCAUUUCAAAACCUUGAAGCUGCCAAUUACCAUCAAGUACGUGGACCCGACCUACAUGGUCCGUGCAGUGCCUGCCAAUCCCAAUGACAGUAUCUACUGCUCGGAGCUGGCGCAGGCAGCCGUCCAUGCUGCCAUGGCCGGCUACACAGGUGCAACUGUGGGCAAGGUCGAUCAGCAGGUCGUGUACCUGCCCAUCAAGAUGCUAACCUCGAUGCCCAGCCGUGUUGUCGACAUCAAUGGCCGAUGGUUCGAAGCCCUGCGAACCACGACGCAACAGCCGAAUCUUGAGUGGGUCGGCAAUGCCGCAGCCAAGCCCAUAGAUCCUACGAAGAAGCAAGCCUUGCUGCGGUCCCGACGUGCCGGCCCGCAUACCUGGGCAAGAGGGAAGAGCAUUGACGACUUGGAGAAGUCCGACACGCUGCGUGUUCCAGACACGAUGCUGACCAUCAUGGACGGAUUCGGAAGGGUCCGGGAAAGUCGGCCUUUGGCCAGAGAUGACCUGAUACAGGACAGCACAGAGCUACGCUCCCUUCAAUGCUUCAAUCUGAGUGAACGCUAUGGGACGUUUGACAUCCCAUCCACCCUAAAGGGUGUCAGGCUGUUCAGUGAUAACUUCUCUUGGACUUCUCAAGCCUUGUUCCUCGGGAACCGUUUGGACUCUGGCAGAGGGGUCCCAUACUUCAAAAUGACUCGCGCAGGUCCGCGCGAGUUUUUGCAUUUUGAUCCGCAUGACCCAGCAUCGGCUGCUGCCAUCAUCAGCUGUGGCGGGAUCUGCCCUGGCCUCAACUGUGUCAUCCGCGAGAUUGUCAACACCUUGUGGGCCUAUGGCGUGCGUCGCAUCUAUGGCAUCAAAGGCGGCUACAAGGGAAUUCUGGAGCCAGACACAUGGUUGGAGCUCAACCCCGAGGUUGUCAAGGACAUACACGCGGAAGGUGGCACAAUGCUCGUCAGUGACAGAGGCAACCCACCCCACAUGGACAUGGCCAGGGCAUUGCAGAGCAAGAACAUCCGACAGUAUUUCGUGCUGGGUGGUGACGGAACGCACAAGGGGGCCAUGCAGACCUUCAAUGGCAUGAUGGAGAUUGACCAUGAGUGUGCAGUCGUCGGUGUGCCGAAGACAAUCGACAACGACGUGCCCAUGGUUGACCAGACCUUCGGCUUCGACACAGCCUGCACGGAGGCAGCCAAAGCUGUCAACUCCGCGUACGUUGAGGCGAGGGGUAACGCCAACUGCAUUGGCCUUGUCAAGCUUAUGGGGCGUCACUGUGGCUUCAUCGCCAUGAAUGCUGCCCUGGCUGCACGCAACGUCGACAUUUGUCUCAUCCCUGAGAUGGAUAUUGAUCUAGAGAAGGUAUUGAACCAUACGGAGCACCUGAUGCGCACGAAGGGCCAUGCCGUGAUCGUGGUGGCAGAGGGCUGUGGCGACACGUUGAUCCAAAGCUCUGGGGCGACGGAUGCAGGUGGCAACAAAAUCCUUGCAGAUGUGGGGCCAUGGCUGAAAGAUACCAUCACCGCCCGUUUCAAGUCUUUGGGCCUGCCACUCACGAUCAAGUACAUUGACCCUACGUACAUGAUCCGCUCGGUUCCAGCCAAUUCCUUCGACAGCACCUACUGCUCAGUGCUAGGGCAAAUGGCAGUGCACGGAGCGAUGGCCGGUUACAGUGGGAUCACUGUGGGAAAGAUUUAUGAACGCUAUUGCUACUUGCCAAUUCAUGCCAUCACCAAUCAGAAAGGCAAACGUGUGAACCCCAACGGUCGAUGGUUCUUCCGCAUGCGGGAGUCGACAAAGCAGCCGGACUUCCGUCCCGACAUUCCUUCCGCACCUCCGAAGUCAGCCGGCACGCAGGAUGUGUUGCAGGUCAGCGGGCAGCUCGCAAAAACGAUAGCAGGCACGUACCUGCCGCUCUGCAUGGACUUCCGGUCCGCAGAGCUGCUGCUUGCUUGGGCAGUUUCGCUGCUGGUCGGCUGUCUGCACUACGUGGAAGUCUCAGGAUAUAACUGCAUCACCACGGGCCUGUCCGUGGCAGAACAGAAGGAAGCAUUCCUCAAAACCGAGAAUGCAUUCUACUAUUCCUACUAUGAGGAGUUUGUGAGCGCACCGGACCUCGGCAGCGCGCUGGGGACCAGUCUCUACGACCGCCGAAGCGAAGCGCCCGACACCAUCAACGCCCUGAAGCGCUUCAAUGUCUACCAGGAAGUGAUCUGUGGCGCGUUUUACCGCCUGGCUGUUUGGUUAUGCGGGCGUCACAACGUGGUCGAUCCGUGGUACUUCUUCCGUAGCUGCAGCUAUGUGUUGCAGGGCCUGGGCCAUGUCGGGCUCCUGCGCUUGGCAGCCGCUUUGGGAGGGGAUGGCAUGCUUGGGGGCUUGGUGCCAGGCAUCUCCCUCUUCGUCUUGGCCUUUCUACAUCGCCUGGAUUUCAGCCGCAUCCACGAUGUGGGCAUGCUGGAGCUGCGCGAGAAUUGGGCCAUGCCGGUCAUACUGUGCCAGGUGUGGGCUCUGACCAAGUUGCUCAUGACACACCCGUCACUGUCGCUGCGCGAAAGCUCCUGGGAAUUUGUGGCCUGGCGAUGGGCUUUCAGAUGGCUGACUGUGGUGUGCAUUUUGGUGUGGCAGUUCUCCGCCUUCGCUUUUCUACUGCAAGUGUCGGCGGCUUUCUUGUGUGCUCUUCUGGCUUGCCACCAAGGUGCGAGACUUGCGAUGAAUGAAGUCGUGAACUCCCACUUGGUGGCGGUGGCAAUUGCUGCCGUGUUGCUUUUUGGAAACGAGCUCUUGGUGCACCACCUGCUGGUCACGCAGUGCAUUGCGAUCAAGACGGUCCUUUGGUUGCGGGGCGCGCCGAGGUGGAAGUUGCUUUUCUGGCUGGAUGGAUUUCUGGCUGUUAUCCUGUUUGUGUUGCUGCGGGUUCUUCAGAUGCCGUUUGCCACUGCAGAUGAGCAUGUUUGGGAGCUGUAUGCGAAUAAAAUGCGUACCCUUUUCCCUGCUUAUCUUGGCAAAGAGCAGAAGGAGCCAACUUUCAACACAAGGCUUUACAAUGCUGUCAGCGUGUUCGAUUUCAUCAGUUGGAAAAAUAUCGAAGUGGGCUUCCAGACCAAAGUCUACCAUUUUGCGGCAGCGGCCGCCCUUCUCCAAGCAGGUGCCUUCGUGGUCAACAUACUGCCGCGGGCAGGACGAGAAGAGAAGGCGCUUAGCGAAGGCUAUGCACAUGCCUUUAGCUCCAGCGUGCUGCUGGUCCAGACAGCUCUUUUUUUGGUACUCGGCUGCUUCAUAAGCCGACUCAAGUGCAUUGGCGUGCCAUUCCUGCUUGUUUGGGCGACUGCGGGUUUGGGCCCGCGACCUCUGAGCACAUUUUUUGGUGCCGCAUCGGCCGGGCCACUGCCUCUGCGGGCGCUGCGGAUGGGCCUUUUUGCCGUCGCUGCAGCCGCUCAACUGGGACAGCUGGCAUUUUUGGCAUACAAGCUCCCCUUCAUCGAGAACAGGCAUGCCAGCAUCCACGCUGACAAGUCCUGGCCUGACGGGGAUCGUGGAGAGUUUUUCAACUGGAUGGCGCGGAAUGUGCCGCGGGACGAAAUCGUCCUCGCGGCCAUGCCUUUGAGUGCAGAGCUCCGGCUGACUACACCUUUGCGUGUGGCCAUCCAUCCGCAGUUUGAGGCACAGCAUUUGCGCGACCGCGUGCAGGAGCUGUAUCAGUGGUACCAGUGUACUCCACCGGCAAGCUUUGCAAAAACAAUGCAGAAAUAUGGGUCUCAAUACGUGAUCCUUGAAUUCAAGCGAUGUAGUUUCGGGCCGUUCCUUCUGGACAAGUAUCCCGAGGUGAACUGUAAGGAGGGCGAGCGCCCGUGGCAGGACCUGUUUUGUCCUCGGGCCUUGGCAUCUCCUCUCUUCGAGCUUCUGUGGGCCAACGCAGAGUUUGCAGUCUUGCGACUGCGCCGGCACGAGGAGGUACCAAAGAGUGCCAAAGCUGGCAGCGUCGAAGACCUUCAAACUUGGGAGCCCAUGCUGCGGCGCUGCCUUGCAGAGGAGCCGGCGCACUGCGCCUCGCGCGCUGCUGACCUGGCGCUGUCAUUCCGAAAGAUGGGGCAGGGCAAGGUCAGCCAGAUGCUGUUUCAGUGGGCAGAGCAGCACGGGUCUGAAGAUGCUGCGUUCCAGUACAUCCGCGGGCACCAUCUGGACUACGACUUGCAGCAAAGUGAACGUGCAGGUCCGUACUAUCGGAGGGCCUACGAGCUCGAUGCAAACAACCCAGUUUUUGUGAAGGAGUAUCUCAUGUGGCUCGAGUUGAUCGCCAAGGACAAUCGCAGUUUGGUCGAGCUGUUAGGGCCUCGUCGCGUCCGGAGAAAGGCACGCAAGACGUUGAAAGAGCUUGGCGACCCGGCUUUGGCAUGCGAGGCAUCCAUUACCACUCGAGAGCUGCUUCAGGAUUACGAUUGGUCGCGCGAGCUUUGGUCCUAUGCUUUGGAGAACGGGGUCUGCAACCAGUGCGUCGAGAACAACUGGGCGCUGCAUGCCCCGAGUGGGCUGAAGAUGCGUGAUGACGUCGGCGACUGGCAGCUGUUCCUCAAUGCUUUCUGGCACCGUGCCAUGAGAAGUACUCUGAUGGGAGCAAUGCUGGCCGACAUGGAGCGUAUGAGCGUCGGGUCAAUAGCGUUGUCCAAGCACAGCAGCAUCAACGAGCUGCUGCAGACGGGCGAUACCAUCAAACGCCUCGAGGUGGUCAACUUGAGCGACCAGUUCCCAUCUGCACAGGCAGUGAAUGAGAUCCAAUUUCCUGGCGACAUGGCCAUGGGCCCGGACUCGUGGUCAACGCAGACGCUCAUGCGCCACAACCGUCGUGAUGACCGGGGCCGUGCCUACCUCCAGCUCUUGCGCAGCGGCCCGCGGAAGAUUUUGCACUUUGCUCCAAGUGCAAGCUCGGCCGUGAUCGUCACAUGUGGAGGCUUGUGCCCUGGCUUGAACUCCGUGAUUCGCGAGUUGGUGAUGACUUUGGCCCGGUACGGUGUAAAGAACAUUUACGGCUGCAGGGGAGGCUACAAAGGCAUGGUGCAGCCCGACACUUGGAUGACCUUGACGCCCGAUGUUGUGCAAGACAUCCACAAGGAAGGAGGCACCAUCCUUGUCAGUGAUCGUGGCAACCCUGCACACAUGGAAAUCGCCCAGACUUUGCAGAAGCAGAAUGUGAAACAAUACUUCGUGAUUGGUGGCGAUGGCACGCAAGCGGGCGCGUUCGAGACCUUCUCUUGUACCCAGGAGAUCGGCCACGAGGUUGCCGUGGUUGGUGUACCGAAGACCAUUGACAAUGACAUCCCCGUCCUCGACAGGUCUUUCGGCUUCAACACCGCCUGCAGUGAGGCAGAGAAGGCGAUUGAUUCCGCCUACGUGGAGGCCACGUGCAACUCGCACUGCAUUGGCUUGGUGAAGCUCAUGGGUCGGCAUUGCGGUUUCAUUGCCCUGCAUGCCACCUUGGCGGCACGCAGCGUUGACAUUUGCUUACUCCCCGAGAUGGACAUCUCUUUACCACGGGUUCUGCACCACGCGAUGCAUUUGAUGAAAACAAAAGGUCAUGCUGUCAUCGUGGUGGCCGAGGGCUGCGGUGACACGCUUCUGAAGAGUUCCGGUGAGCGUGAUGCCGGUGGCAACAAGAAGUUGGCGGACGUGGGGCCAUGGUUGCGUGAGCAGCUGUUGGCCUAUGCGAAGAGGAUGCAGCAGCCCCUCACCAUCAAAUAUAUCGACCCGACUUACACCAUCCGAGCCGUGCCGGCCAAUACCAACGAUAGUGUGUACUGCUCGGUGCUGGGAGCCCAUGCAGUGCAUGUGGCGAUGGCAGGAUACACAGGAGUUGUUGUCGGCAAAGUGGACGAGCGUUUUGUCAUGCUGCCAAAUCAUGCUAUCACAAAGGCGCCAUUGAGGCGGGUGGAGCUGAAGAGCUCGAUUUUCGAGCGGAUGAUGGCCACCACGGGUCAGCCAAACCUGGCGCCUGGUCUUGGAGACGAUUGGGCCUUGCUCCCUUCACCGCCGCCUCCCAGACCAGAAAAGCCGCCAGUGGAGCCGCCGGAGUUGCUCAGCUUUGCAGAGUGGAACGGGCUCAACGUGGAGGAGGAGGUUGCGGAGGUGGCAAACCUGGAGAUCAAGGACGUGACUCUGAACACCUUCGAUGGCUUCGGAGAGAUGAAAGAGUCCCGACCACUCCUGCGGAGUGACCUGCUGAAGAGCCACGACGAGGUGCGGAAGCUUGAGAUCAUGCGCCUGAGUGACAACUUCCCAUCUGCGGAGGCCACUUCGCCACUGAAGCCGUCUGCGGGAUUCCUGGAUAACGAAUCCUGGACGGUCGAGGCGAUCUCAAGCGCGACCAGGGUGGACUCAGGCGUCGGACGACCCUAUUACCAGUUGAUGAGGGCCGGGCCCCGUGAGAAGCUGCAUUUCGACCCGCAGGAUGCUACAACCUGUGCUGCCAUCGUCACUUGUGGUGGCUUGUGUCCGGGAGAGAAUGUGGCAAUUCGUGGCCUCUUCCAGAGGCUGAAAGCUUACGGGGUCCCAAACGUCUUCGGAGUGAAGUCUGGCUUUGGCGGCCUCCCAGAAGAACAGAACUGGCUGGAGCUCACGCCGGAAGUGGUGCAGGACAUCCACAACAAAGGUGGCACCGUUCUCGAAAGCGAGCGCGGCAAUGCACGACAUGCUGACAUGGCUGCCAUGCUGCAGACGCGAAGAUGCAAGCAGCUCUUCAUCCUGGGCGGUGACGGUGCGCACAAGGGUACCCUCCAGCUGGCUUCUGCUUUGAAGGCGAUUGACCACGAAUGCGCAUUGGUUGCCGUCCCCAGCACCGUGGAUAACGACCUGGCCAUGGUAGACACCAGCUUCGGCUUCGACACUGCUUGCACGGAGGCUCGCGACUGUGUUCAAGCCGCGUACGUCGAGGCCACGUGCAAUGCCAAUUGCAUUGGAUUGGUGAAGCUCCUUGGCUUGGGAAGCGGUUUCUUGGCCAUGAAUGCAACCAUGGCAGCUCGAAAUGUCGAUUUGUGCCUCUUGCCAGAAAUGGAGAUUGAUUUGGAGAAGGUGCUCGCUCACUGCGAAAACGUUAUGGCUACCAAGGGCUACGCAGUCAUCGUCGUCGCGGAUGGUGCCAAGUCGUCACUCUUCCGGCGGGCAGGUGUGGCCACGGAAGGUGACGUGGGCAUUUGGCUCCGAGACCAAAUCCUCGCCCGCUUCAAGGAGAAGAGCCGGCCCCUGACGAUCAAAUACAUCGAUCCAACGUAUAUGGUGCGCUCUGUGAAGGCAAAUGCAUACGACAGCUCCUAUUGCGCGGCACUUGCGGACCAUGCGGUGCAUGCGGCGAUGGCCGGGUUCACCUGCGUCUCUGUGGUGCGGACCUACAUGCGAUAUGUCUACCUGCCGAUCCAUGCCUGCGUGACGCACCCGAAGCGAGUGAAUCCUUUGGGCCGUUGGUUCGGGCGGAUGGCCUUCUCCACGGGACAGCCGCGAUUUGAACCCGACGGCUUCGAAUACGCCGCAAUGCCGGAUCAAGCCGCAGACUUGAAGAAGAUCUCCACGCCCAUGGACAUUGCAGCGAUUCUGCCUUCCAGCUCAGCGAUCAGCCGCCUUGAAUGUGUCAGUCUGUGUGAGAAGUUCCCGUCCAAGAACGUGGACAACCCCAUCAAAGGUGCUCUGGCCGAAAAAUCGUACCGAACUCUGUUCGUGCAGUCAGACUGGUUUACGACACAGUCUUUCGAUCGCUCCGGCGCAGCUGAUUGUGCUCCACGCACCUACCUUCAGUUUCAGCGGACCGGGCCAUCCCGCGAGAUCCACUUUGAUCCGAAGGAUACGGAGAUGGCGGCCGCCAUUGUCACUUGUGGUGGCUUGUGCCCGGGCUUGAACAACGUCAUCCGUGAGAUCGUGAUGAUGUGCUUUGCGUAUGGAAUGAAAAAGGUCUACGGCAUCAUUGGCGGCUUCAAAGGCUGUGUUGAAGAUGACAAGUGGGUCGAACUCACUCCGGCCACGGUGGAGAAUAUUCACAAGCUUGGUGGCAGCAUCCUCGUGUCCGAUCGAGGAAAUCCACCUCACUCAGAGAUCGCAAAGGUGAUGCAGAGACGCAACAUUCGACAAUACUACGUUCUCGGAGGCGACGGGACACACAAGGGCGCCAUGCAGUCCUUCAAGUCAAUGACAGAGAUCGGCCAUGAGUGUGCCGUUGUCGGUGUGCCGAAGACUAUCGACAACGACAUCACCCUUGUGGAUCGCACCUUCGGUUUCGACACAGCCUGCACGGAGGCUCGCAAAGCAAUCGAUUCUGCUUAUAUUGAAGCGACCACCAAUGCGAACUGCAUUGGCCUGGUGAAGCUCAUGGGUCGUCACUGUGGCUGGAUUGCCUCCACCGCCACCAUUGCUGCGCGAAACGUGGACAUCUGCCUUAUCCCGGAGAUGAACAUCUCCCUGCCGAAGGUGAUGGACUAUGUUGCGGAGGUGAUGCGGCGUCAGAAGUAUGCGGUCAUUGUCGUGGCAGAAGGUUGUGGCGACACGCUUAUCACGAGUGAUGGUGGGAAGGAUGCCGGCGGUAACAAGGUCCUCGCAGACAUAGGUCCUUUCUUGAAGGACGCCAUUACCAAACACCUGAAGAGCAUUGACAUACCAGUCAGCAUAAAGUACAUCGACCCGACGUACAUGAUUCGUGCGGUGCCAGCGAAUGCCUUCGACAGUAUCUAUUGUUCAGUUUUGGCGCAGAUGGCGGUGCAUGCAGCAAUGGCCGGCUACACCGGCAUCAGCGUGGGCAAAGUGGAUGAACGAUACGUGAUGCUCCCGAUCCACUCAAUCGUCGACAAAGGAGCGCGAAAGGUGGACCUGCAAAGCAGAUUCUUCGAGCGCAUGUUGGACACCACUGGACAGCCUAGCUUGGCACCAUGA